AUGGGAGAUCCAACGCGUGGAAAAACUUUAUUUCUCAGAAUGUGCGUCAUGUGCCACACAUAUAACAAAGAUGAACGACACAAAAUAGGUCCUAAUCUUUUUGGAGUAGUUGGCAGAACUUGUGGUACUACUUCUGGAUUCAAUUAUACCGAACCAAUGAAGAAGAAAGGUGUCGUGUGGGAUGAGAAAAAUUUAAACGAAUAUUUGGAAUUCCCAAGGCAAUUUAUUCCUGGCACGAAAAUGGUGUUCAAUGGUAUUAAGAAGGCUGAAGAUCGUCAAGAUAUAAUUGCCUUUCUGCUAACGUUGAAGUGAAAAUUCGAGAAACCGUAUUUAUCAGAAUGAAAUACUUUGUACAGUGAAGAAAAUGAGGUGUCAUCGACGACAACUAAAUAAAUAAAAGAAAUAGCAAACUAAAAGAAAAUU